AUGGCCCGACAGCAGCGUGCUCAGACGGAGAAACUGGUAAAGAUUUUCAUGAACAGAGAUCUCUCCCUCUGGACGACCUUCUUCUUCUUCUUCUUGUUCUUCGCUAACUUGUCACCAGAACCGCUCCUUUUACCGAAGGACAGUAUCGACCGUUUCUUGGGCUGUUCCAGCGGCUUGACCAUCGGCUUGACCUUCAUUUUCUUUUUCUUCGAGCUCUUUGGCUUCACUGCGGUUUUUUCUGCAGCUUUGGGCACCCGCUUCUUACUCUUCUUGCUCUUCUUGGGGGGUUCUUCCUCUUCUUCAGAUUCCUGCUCCGAUUCUUGCUCGGACUCCUCCUCGGUUUCUUCGACGCUCGACCCGCUCGACGUCUGCUCGACCGUCGAGGCGUCAGUGUCCUCCUCUGGCUCCUCCCUCGCUCGCCUGUUCACUCUUUUUUUCGCUGCCUUCACCAUCAAAAUUGCACCUAAGCUACGCCACCGUCUACCGACCCCCUGA